UGCUCAGUGACCUGUGGCAAGGGUUAUAAACAAAGGCUAGUUUCAUGUAGCGAGAUUUACACCGGGAAAGACCAUUAUGAGUACAGCUACCAGAACACCAUCAACUGCCCGGGCACCCAGCCCCCCAGCAUCCAUCCCUGCUUCCUGCGGGAGUGUCCCGUCUCCGCCACCUGGAGAGUUGGAAACUGGGGGAGUUGCUCAGUGACUUGUGGACCUGGUGUGAUGCAUCGGUCAGUGCAGUGUUUAACCAAUGACGACCAGCCGAGCAGUCUAUGCCCCAUUGACCUGAAACCUGAAGAAAGAAGAACAUGCCAUAAUAGCCACAAUUGUGAGUUGCCCAGAAACUGCAAAGAGAUGAAAAGGCUAAAAGGUGUCAUUGAAGAUGGGGAAUAUUAUCUCACAAUCACAGGAAGGAUUCUCAAGGUCUUCUGUGCUGGGAUGCAGUCUGACAAGCCCAAAGAGUAUAUCACGCUUGUCAGUAGUGAUUCCGAGAACUUCUCAGAGGUUUAUGGGCACAGGCUACACAACCCUACAGAAUGUCCUUAUAACGGGAGCCGGCGAGAAGACUGCCACUGUCGGAAAGAUUACACGGCGGCGGGGUUUUCCUCCUUCCGAAAAGUCAGGCUGGAUCUGACCACUAUGCAAAUAAUAAGUAAGUCACCGUGGCGUGUAGCAUGGGAGGGCUGGGCAAAAUACUCAUUUUCUAUGGACGUCCAGGCAGCCUGGUAUCGGCGUCGUGAAUGCUGGGUUUGGAGAGAGUAAGAAAUAGGUCAAGUUCCACCUUUGACACUUACUGGCUGGGAUGACCCUCUGUGUGCCUUAAUGUAUCAUGUCACUUUCUUGCUCAUGAAACCUCAAUGGCUCCCUACAGCCUCUAGACUAAAAUACAAAUUCCUUCUAAUAUUUAAAACAUUUCACAAUCUGACUUCAACUUCUAUUUCCAAGCCGAUAAUCCAUUCCUUCCCUUCACAUGUUCUGUCUUCUGGCCAAAUUGUCCUUCCUUAUCCCCGUUUAUAGGCCAUCCUCCAUGUAUGGCUUUCUUUCCUUCCUCAUCUCCACCUUGUUGAAUCCCUUAAUACCUUCAAAAUACCUUCAAGGGAAGAGCAGCCUUCUCUGAUUUCCCCCUUUGUCCGGGCUCCCUCUCCUUCUCACCUCCUUCAUUAUUAUUUUCUCUUUACUUGUCCAUGGUCCUGUUGUUUCUCCUCUCUAGGAUGUGAGCUCUUUAAGGGCAGCCCUGUUUGAUCUUUGGCCUUCUGCUUCUUUUGCCCAACACAAUGCCUGGUGCAGAGUGACUGAAGCAUAAUUCAUAAAUAUAUGGUGAAUUGAAAUGAAGUCCCAGAUGGUUGUUAUCCGCAUUAGAAAAGAGUAUUUCCUUCCUAGGGAGUUCCCUCCACUGCUGAAUUUAUAGACCUUUCUUUGCUUUUCUAUAAGUCAGUUUACCAAAAAAAAAAGAAAAUAGAAUUAUAUUUCUCACCUAGCUUGCCCAUGAUCUGAUUUAACUCUCAAGCCAGCACUGUCUUUGGUUAGUUUUUCAGCCAUCCGGGAACAUUAAUCAAAGGAACAGCUGAGGGCAGCAAAAAGACCUAAACACAUUGCAAUGAAUAGAGGAAAAACAGAAUCAUGAAUAAUUAAUUUUUCCUCAUUAUAUCUGAUGCAGUAUAUUGGAUUACUUUGCCCUUGAGGUAGAUUGAACUUGAUUUGCCCCCAAGAUUUAAAAAAAUUGGCAUCAUCCAGAUUUCUCUCAACUUCAAGGAAAUGGUAUUACAGGCUUUUCAUUGGGG